AUGUUGAAGACGUGCAACCGCUGUCGGGCGCGACGCAUCAAGUGUGAUGCCCAGCUGCCGGCCUGCCGCAACUGCCACAAAGCCGGCCUGGCCUGCUCCUUUUACGACCACGUGUUGAAGGAGGAUGUUCCGCGCAGCUACAUCAAGAGCCUGCGGGACCGCGUGGACGAGCUGGCGGCCGUGCUGGCAGCAAAUGAGCGAGCAGCACGGGCGGAGGCAGACGAGCGAAGAGCAGCCGCAGCCGCAGCAGAAACAGCAGCUCCGACACGUCACCGCUACGAGCUGCCGACGCGGUCUUGUGACGAGACGCUGGUCUUGGGGCCGACGCCGCCAGUGGUUCUAGGCGACUGUGCCAUCCGUGCGCUGCUGCAGCUAGGCGUGUCCGUGGCGCCGCCGUCGGUGAUGGGCGGACAGGAGGAUGUCGACAGCCUGGUCUCUCCCCGCUCGUUCGGCUUCGGCCAGCCGUCGAAUCACGGCAGUCUCGGCCGCCAUCCUCUCGGCCAGCCAGCACACGGACUCACCGACCUGCCGCCCUCGACCGUGCGGCUCCUCCUCGCUCACUACGACCGUGCUGUCGAGCCGGCUUUUCCGCUCCGGCUCGGGCUUGCUGGUCUCUCCGACCGCUGCGUCGUUUUGUUGGUUUGUGCCGUCGCUGCCGCCCACAAGAGCUACCACGCGGCCUCGUGGCGGAGCGUCGCCCGUGCUUGUCGCGACGGGGCCGCUGACCUGGUCGGGCCGCGAAUCGCCCGCCGCGACGGCCAUGCCGUCAUCGUCCUGCUGCUGCUGGCCCUCUACGAGCUGGCCGACCCAGAUGGCGGCCGCGUCUGCGACUACGUCGACGGUGCCAUCGAGACCUGUCUGGAGCUCAGCUGGUCGACUGGUGGAGGUGGUGGCCGGAGCAGAAGCAAUGGAAGCAUCGCCAUCAAACACAGUCCCCCCAGCUCUACCCCCGACUGCAACACCAUCGUCGUCAAAACCGGCAGCCCAACCCCGGCGAGAAAGAGACCCAGGAUCAAGCAGGAGCAGCAGGAAAGAGACUGCGGCGAAAAAGAUUCCAAGCACAACGACUACAAGCACAAGAACGACAAGGAUAGGCACCAGCCCAAAGACCACACAUCCCCCAUACCCAGCGAUCUCUCCUCCUCUCAGCGCUCCAGCCUGCUCGCCGUCCUGGUCGCCAUCGAGCGCUCCCUCUGUGUCCUGUCACCGCGCCAGGGCAUCCUGACCGGCAUCCGGACCGACACCCUGACCGACACCGACCAUGCUUAUAUGGGCCACCGCCAGGUCGCCGACAUGCUCUUCGUCCACGCCUGCGCUGCCACACCGCUGUCUCCUCUCGCCUGUCCCGCCAGCAGCAGGCUGAUCGGCGAGGUCGUGGCCGUACUCCAGACCCUGCCGCUCGACCAACCGCUGGCCCAGGAGGCCUGGCUGCUGCUGCUCCCCCGUCUGGUCGAUCAUGCGCCCUGCAUCGGCUGCUCUUCCACGCUCGACGGUGGUUUUGGUCUGCACAUCCUCGUCGUCCUGCACGCCUGCCGCCUCGCCGACAGCGCCCACACCAUCCUCGCUGAGCCGAACCGUUUCAUGCCACCCGUCCUGGCCGCCAGCCGCGCCUUUAUGGCCGGCUGCGUUCUCGUCACCGCCAUCGCCGCCGGCUGGGUUGCCCAGGAGCCGCUGCACACCCGCGCCCUGCUCAAGUGCUCCGAGGUCCUGGCCUUUGCUGCGCCCUGCUGGCGCGGUGGCCGCGACUAUUACGACGUCUUCCGGCAGAUCAUCAAAGGGUUGGAUUGA